AUGAUACAAUCCAGUCAAUUUUAUGGAUACACAGUCAUGAGCAGUUUAAUGUCUCAAAUUCGUUCCCUAUUUCGUCCUGUGUCAAAAGUUCGGGGAAGUAAUAAUAACUCCGAGGUAUUUUUAAGGAGAGUAAGGUUGUGUCUUCUUACUGCAGUUGCUGGUUAUGACAAUAAGCACACUAAAUAUUCAACGAGGAUUUCGCCGAAAUGGGUUUACGGGGAUGAUGCUUGCUUCUUAUCAGUAACAGAUUCUUCGUACGUCUUAGGUGUCGCUGAUGGUGUUGGUGGUUGGCGGUCGUACGGAGUCGAUCCUGGUCGUUUCUCUAGAGCAGUUAUGAAGAAUUGUGAGCGUGUUGUAAAUUCCGGUCGUUUUAUUCCCGACAAGCUAGAGGUUUUAAUUGCCCAAUGCUAUGAAGAUGUACUGAAUUCCAAAGAACUUAUUUUGGGUAGCGCAACCCUAUGCAUAGUUUCAUUGCAACGUAAUGAACACAGAGUUUAUGGUGCCAGUCUAGGUGACAGCGGCUAUUUAGUUAUACGUGAAGGACAUGUGAUUCAACGUUCAGUCCACCAAAAGCAUUCAUUCAAUACACCAUUCCAAUUGUCUUGUCCACCUACGCUUCGCUCAAGACGUUUUCAUUGUGAUUUACCUAAUCAAGCUGCUCAAACAUCUGUAGAAGUCAAACCGGGUGACGUAAUUAUCGUAGGCACAGAUGGCUUGUUCGAUAAUUUGACAGAAUCAAUGAUAUUACAAGAGGUAAAAACCAUUGAGUUACUUGCAAACUGUACAAUUGAUAGUUUAAAACAAUGUGCUACACGUCUUGUAGAGCAAGCUCGGAGUGCGGCGUUCGCUCCUGAUUUCGUUUCUCCAUUCGCUAGUGAAGCACGUCGUUACGGUAUAAACAUUGCGGGUGGAGUCCCUGGUGACAUAACCGUCAUUCUAGGAUUAGUUAUCGAGGAGAAACCAUCACCAACUAGUAAUCAUGUAAAAGAAACACGAUCCUCAUUAAAUCAUCAUCAUUUACUUUUUCAACCAAAUCGAAGUUUAUCAUGUUUUGAAUUAAACUAUAAUAAAUUUCAUUCAUUCAUUUCUUCCUCUUCAACAUUGCCAACUUCUUCAGCUAGUACUAAUACUGCUAAGUCUUUUUCUUCAAAAUUAUCUCGAACUUAUUCAUGUACUUAA